AUGCAGCAAAAACUCCAAAUUCUCAAGCUCUAUAAAAAAUCCCUCUCUCCUAAACCCCUCCAAGCCAAUCACUCACUACUCAAACACCUAUGCACCCUGACCGAGUUAACUCUCUUCCGGGACUCACCCAACUCUCCCCAGCCCCACCCUUCUAUCCUCCCAACAUGGCUCCGUAGCAACCAAAAACCAAUCGACGCAAAUUUGGCUAUUUCUUCACAUGCCAACUGCUACAAAAAUCCCAACAUCGAAUCCCACAAAAACAUUGCUAGUCUCUCGCGGCUGUUGGAAACAAACGAUAGCGAUGUGCAUAAAGUGGGCGAAAUCCUAAGGAAAUACUACUCAUCUGAGGAUGCUGUUGUUAAAGCGUUGAGUGAGACUGGUAUCAAUGCAACACAUGAUAUGGUUUCGCAGCUUUUGAAGAGAUUUAGCAAUCAAUGGUUCGUGGCUUUUGGAGUUUUCGUUUGGGCAAAAAAUCAAACAGGUUAUGUGCACACACCUGAGAUAUAUCAUUCCAUGAUUGAUGCAUUAGGGAAGUCUAGAAAGUUUAGUCUUAUGUGGAAUCUAGUUCAAGAAAUGGGUGGACUAAAUGGGUAUGUUUCAUUGGUUACAAUGAGGAUGGUAAUGCGGCGGCUCGUUAGAGAUGGCAAGUAUAAUGAUGCUAUUGAUGCAUUUAGAGGAUUGGAGAAAUUCGGUUUGAGUAAAAGCACAGAGGCAUUGAAUGUGCUAAUGGAUAUAUUGACUAAGAACGGUCGCGUUGAGGAUGCUCGUGCUGUGGCUUUAGAGUUUGAGGAUUGUAUAACUUUAGACGAUCGUAGUUUCAAUAUUUUGUUAUAUGGGUAUAGCAAAGCAAGGAUGUUUGGUGAUGCAAGAAAGACUCUAGAAGAAAUGGAGAAACGUGGUUUUCACCCUAAUGUUGUUUCAUACUCCUUUUUAAUUGAAGCAUAUGGUAAAGAGAGGGAUUUUCGAAAUGUUGAAAUUAUUUUAAAUGAGAUGCAAGAAAAGGGUUGCCCACCUGAUUUGAUUACAUAUUGUGUUUAUAUACGUGCUCUUGGGAAAGCGAGGCGACCAAAUGAAGCUUUGAAGGUCUGUGAGGAAAUAAAAAGAAAUGGUUUCGUGCUUAAUAGUCAAUUUUACAGUUUGUUAAUUCAUAACUUAUGUCUGUCUGGAAGGUUCAAGGAUGCUUGGAAUGCUUUUGAGGAAAUGGAAAAGCAAGGAGUUAGUCGGGAUUUGUGGACGUACAAAGUCAUGAUUUCUUCUGCAUGUGUACGUUUGCAGGAUGAGAAUGCUUUAAAGCUGCUCCGUAAAAUGGAGGAGGACUCAUGCCAACCAGAUGUCCAGACUUUUGCACCUCUAUUAAAGAUGGGUUGCAGGAAGAAGAGUAUGAAGUUGCUCAAAUUUCUAUUGAAUCAUAUGUUUGUGAACAAUGUCAGUACUGAUGUUUUUACUUACGACCUCUUGGUGCAUGGCCUGGGUAAGCAUGGGAAACUCAAAUAUGCUUGCUUCUUCUUUCAAGAAGCAGUUUUGAAGGGAAUGGUCCCUUGUGAUAAGACAUACAAGAUGUUGUUGGAGGAACUUGAGAGAAAGAAUAUGGCAGAAAUGAAGGGAAAGAUUGAGAAGUUGAUGUUGAGGGCGAAAGAGCGAAAUAGGGCUUAG